AGUAGACAUGGAGGAUGGGAAGCCUGAUCUGCUGCUAUUCAAAGAGGAGACAAUAGAAGAUGGACCAGAGAGCAUUGAUCUGCUGAGUGGACUAAAGAUUGGGGAGAAAUUCUAUUUUGUAACGGUGGUUGGCUGGAGGCUAACACAGGAGACUGGGCUGCCAUCUUGGAUUCCCAGACCCAAGAGCCCGGGGACAACCGAGCAGGCCAGGACCAGAGGCGGCAUAGUGGAGGUCAAUGGAUGGGACAUCAUCCUCAACUCUGGGCUGGGGAACAACACUGUAAACCAGAAACAGAAACAGACAGUCGAACACAAAACAACAACUGAAUUUAGUCUCCAUGACAACAGACUGGCUGAGACCAGGGCACGGUGUAGAUUUGGUCUGCGGGGACAGAGAGGUGUCCAUAUGCGGCUGGAGAGAACAGACUCGACUAGCGAUGCUCCGUCCUGCUCCUAUAGUUGUGAUUCAGAUAGGGGGUUAACCCGAGGCACCAUCAGUCUAACAGGUGCUGCCUUCAGCCUGCCUUCUAUAGGAUCGAUCAACUGGAACAUGGACCCUGUGACAACACAGACAAUCCCUGGGCUUCAUCCUCCUCACAUUCUCCUAAUGUGCAACCAGACCUCAGACAAUGCCAGUGCCUCAACACUAAAUGGAUACACAAGCCCAUUGACAAAUGACAGUAGUAGUAAUGCUAUCAGCAGAUCUGGUGGCAAAGAGAAGCGCUUCCUGUGUUCAUUCUGUGGGAAGUCUUCAGUUUACUCAAACGAGAUGCACACUGGUACAGCCUGUAGAGUCCACACAGGGGACAUAUCCUGAUGUUGCCCCAGUGUGAGAAUAGUUUCUCCCACCAUUGCCAGCUGAAGAUGCACCUGAAGGUCCACACGGCGUGAGGCUGUUCGCCUGUAUGCACUGUGGGAAGAGGUUCUCCGAGAGGAGCUACCUCAGGAUAGACAAGCAGAAAAUGCACACGGCCCAUGUAUAGAGGAUAGUAACAUGUAAUGUAGUACUAGUUAGUUUGCAGUUAAUUCUGUUGGUUUUGGAUGCAGUAGGGAACUGGAUGAUGUGAACUGAGGAAAGAAUGAGUAUGAUGAGGCAGAGUAGAUGAUAUGGUGAUGGUUGGUGUGAUUGUGUCUGUAAAAAUGCUUCACUGAUGAAGAGUGACAAACUUAGUCCCUUUAGGUUGAUGCUGGUGUUUUAUAGUGAGGUAAGGAUAGAGCCUUGAUGCAUGUUUACUUGACAUGAAGAUGUGUGUAAUCGUGAACCUUUUCCAAAUUAUUCUCUAAUUAAUUUGAUCAAAGCGAGGGUACCAGAUUUACAGAAAAGGUAGCGUUACCAUAGUGAGAAGUUAUUCUACUUAUAUAGUUUUUUGCAAUAAAAGUACUGUACUUCAAAGUUAUGUGAGUGUAUGACUAUUUUGUUGAAAUUAAAUACAACAUUUACUCUGC